UGAAAACUACCCCUCGAGUCGGAGGCGCAGUGUGCUAAACCGACUACGUACGAGUUGGUGGUGCUCGUGGUGAUCGCGGUCCACGCGGAUCUCUACGCUUUAGGCUCCUAGAGUUUUCACUUGCGUGUUCAUCGUGAUUUCUUCAGUUGUGGACUAUCCACAGCACAGAUCAUCAACGGUUUUAAAAGUGCCGCAAGGACGUGUAUAAGGCUUCCUGUUUAUUUCUGUCUAGAGAGAGAAUAGAAGUAUCAUCAUCACCACCAUGGCGUUCGCAGGGUUAAAAAAACAGAUUAACAAAGCAAAUCAGUAUAUGACAGAGAAGAUGGGCGGAGCGGAAGGAACCAAGCUCGACGUUGACUUCAUGGAUAUGGAGAGGAAAACGGAUGUCACGUAUGAGCUGGUGGAGGAGUUACAAAUGAAAACGAAAGAGUUCCUUCAGCCAAAUCCAACUGCAAGAGCGAAGAUGGCCGCGGUCAAGGGCAUCAGUAAGCUCAGCGGUCAGGCAAAAGCCUCGACUUACCCCCAACCAGAAGGUGUUCUUGGCGAUUGUAUGCUUAUUUACGGAAAGAAAUUGGGAGAGGAUAGUAUUUUCGCUCAGGCUCUGGUUGAAAUGGGCGAGGCGAUGAAGCAGAUGGCGGACGUGAAAUAUUCUCUGGACGACAACAUUAAACAAAACUUCCUGGAGCCUCUGCACCAUUUGCAGACCAAAGACUUGAAAGAAGUGAUGCAUCACCGGAAAAAGCUUCAGGGACGAAGGCUGGACUUCGAUUGCAAGCGGAGACGUCAAGCGAAAGCAACUGGAAAAAGAUCAGCCAGUCCUCAUUUUGGAAGUCCAGUGAAGUCUUCUUCACCAUACACUGGUUCUCACGUUUCAGACGACGAGAUUCGUCAAGCAGAAGAGAAAUUUGCAGAGAGUCUCCAUCUGGCACAAUUGGGCAUGUUCAACCUUUUGGAGAAUGAUGUUGAACAAGUGGCACAGUUGGCAACAUUCAGUGAAGGUCUGUUGGAGUACCAUCAGCAGUGUACUGAGAUUCUAAGAACACUAACAGAAACACUUUUGG